CACAGUGUGCGUAAUGCUAGCAAGUAUUUCUGUGUGGACGUCCGUUUUUUCUGUGCUUGCAAACCUCGCCAACAUGUAUGAAUUUAGCUGCGGUUAGCUUGCUAGCUGGGUUGAUGUCUAGCAUUAUUGCAGCUACCUGUAGCUAGAAGACUUGAGAACUAGAUAGCGCAACGUUAGUAGCUGGAGUUGGUAGCUUGUCAGUGGAAUUUGGACUCAUCGAUUAAAUCUUUUUUCUAUUACAGUCUUCGUGCUCACACAUAUGUAACUCUCAGUUAGUUGUUUAAAAGUAAUAGUAUUGCAAUACCUGUGUAAGACAGCAAAUAUUUUUUUAUAUUAUCUGUAUAGUUUUGUGAAAUUAUAAAUGCCAAUUUUAAGUUGGUGUUUAUUUCAAGAUCACAGUUGUUUUUAUUGGAUGUUUUGUGGUCAGGUCUGCAUUGGUCUGUUAAGUUUCUAACAAUGAUUAUUUAUACGUUAAGUUACUAUUCUCUGGGCAAUGGUGUUUUUAACAAGCUUGGCCUGUAAAAUAGGAGGAGAGUGGGCCAGAUACCAGCGGGAAGGGUUUUAUUUCCCCAAAUAUAUUUUUUUGGGGACCUGAUGUCGUCGUGGGGAGAGACAGACAGAGCGAGACAGAGCACUCUGUGAAUGAGUGGAGCUGGAGAAAGAGAGACUCCCAUCGUCCUCACAACUAUUUUAACAGAUCACAGAACUUGACAAGCAGCCUGUCACCAUGUCGACCUCAUCGCUACGGCGACAAGUGAAGAACAUUGUUCACAAUUACUCUGAGGCAGAGAUCAAGGUAAGGGAGGCAACUUCCAACGACCCAUGGGGCCCGUCUAGCUCUCUGAUGUCCGAAAUCGCAGAUCUAACCUACAAUGUUGUGGCCUUCUCAGAGAUCAUGAGCAUGGUCUGGAAACGGCUCAAUGACCAUGGGAAGAACUGGAGGCACGUCUACAAGGCCAUGACCCUGAUGGAGUACUUGAUAAAGACUGGCUCUGAGCGCGUGGCCCAGCAGUGCAGGGAGAAUAUUUAUGCAGUCCAGACACUCAAGGACUUCCAGUACAUCGACCGGGACGGCAAAGACCAGGGAGUGAAUGUCAGGGAGAAGGCCAAACAGCUGGUCACUUUGCUGAAGGAUGAGGAGAGGCUACGAGAGGAGAGGAUUCACGCGCUGAAGACCAAAGAGAAGAUGGCGCAGACGACCAGUGCGUCCUCGGCUCCGACCGCCCCAGGCCUGGCGGGCGCUGGCCUGGGCUCCCACACUCAGGGCUCGGGCAGCGGGGGGGACCCGGAGCAGGCCUGGCCGCAGAGCUCCGGGGAGGAGGACCUGCAGCUGCAGCUGGCCUUAGCCAUGAGUAAAGAGGAGGCCGAGCAGGAGGAGCGUCUGCGCAGGGGUGAUGACCUGAGACUGCAGAUGGCCAUUGAGGAGAGCAAGAGGGAGAAGGCCAAACCUGAGGAGGUGUGUACCUCUCUCUCUCUUUUCUCCUCUCGCUCUCUCAGUGUUACCUGCUCUGUCUGUGUCCGUCGCCCUCUUCCCAUUGAGACGCCGUUGCGUCUCCUCCUUUCUCUGACCUGGCGCGGGGUUGGGUGCUGCGCGCGCCGUCCGGUGCUCACUCUCUCUCUCUCACCCUCCCAGAGCUCCCUGAUGGAGUUAAGUGCGGUUGACCCGUGGGGGGCCCCGGCUGCCCCUCCCGCAGUUGCCUCAGCCGGCCCCUCCCCCCCGCCAACAAGUAUCGCCGCCGCCGCCUCGGCCUCCGGGCCCUGGGGGCCCUCGGACCCCUGGGGCGCGACCUCCCCCACCUCGCCGGUUAGUUCUGACCCCUGGGGUGGCGGGGGGCCGGCUGUAGCGCCCCCUUCCGACCCGUGGGGGGAUACGGCCCGGGUCAACUCGGAUCCCUGGGGCUCCACUGGUGAGCAAGAUGGGGACCGGCGUCCAUUUCCUGCUCCUUUCCCUGCGGUGGGAACACAUGCGGUGACUCCGCCCAGCUCAGACCCCUGGGGGGCCUCUGUAGGCCCUACCGCUGCUCCUGGGCCCAGUGACCCCUGGGCUGGGGACGGUGUGCCUCCCGCGGUCGAUGCUUUGACCUCUGACCCCUGGGGAGGCCUCACUAAACACACAACAAACGGAACAGGAGAUCCAGACCUCAGAAGUUCCACAGCAGCACUCGGUGACAGCGGGGGCAGCACGGGGUCCCCUGUGCCCUUUGACCUCUCCGCCCUGGGCUCCUCCCUCCCCGUCAGGAAAACGCCGGAGUCGUUCCUGGGUCCGAACGCGGCGCUGGUGGACUUGGACUCCCUGGUCUCCUCCAAACCCAAGCCCAAGCAGCCACCCCCUCCCUCCAUCUCCACCGCCUCCACACACAACCCCUUCCUGCAGACACAGGGUGCCUCUACGGUCCCGGGCAUGGCUGUUACUCCGGGCAGCUCAAUCUCUAGUCGGGGAGUGUCCCCGACCCCUCCCCCAACCUCAAACCCUUUUGGAUCGACUCCCAUGGCCUCAAUAUCACCUCAGACCUCCUCACUCGGCCUCAGUCAGCUCCGUACCAGCCCUGUGCCACCCAACCCCAUGUUGGGGACCCCUCACGGCCAGAUGCCACCCCCGACUCUGGGAAUGGUCCAACCUGGCAUGGGGAUGCCUGGAAUGGGAAUUCAGAUGACACCCCCGCAAAUGGGUCUUGGGAUGGUACAGUCCAGCCCCAUGGGCAUUCCCUAUGGAGGAAUCUCACCCAUGGCCCCGGCAGGAGCUACCAUUCUCAUGGGCGCAGGAGGGCCAGGGCAGCCCCAGCUGAUUUUGGGUGCGGGAACUGGAGGCGGCGUGUUGGGAGCCAGCGGAGGGGUCGGAGGAGGGGCAGCCACAGGAGGAAGCACUAAUCCUUUUCUUCUUUGAGAAAAUCCACUCUUCUCACCCCAUUAACAAACAAUUUAUGUGUCAGAAAAGAAAAUGUGUGUACAACUAUAUUUAAAAAAAUGAAAAACAAAAUCAAUUUUCUUUGGGAAACGCAUAAAUUUUUUUUCCUUUUUUUUUUUUUUUUUUUAAAGUGGGAUAUAGCGGGAGCGAUAGCAAAGUUUAUUUAUUUGUUUUUUUGCCUUUUUUAAUAAAUGUGUUUUGUGCAUUUCCAGUCUUUUCUGAAAGAAACAAAGACCGAAGGAAAGAUGGCAUUUACUCAGUGAUGUCACUCGUAUAUUAUUACUGCACUGGACAGGGAGAGAAUGCGGGAGUUUAGCUUAGCCACUAACAAACUCAUUUCAUUAAAACCCUAACUCCUCUCCCUUCAGAUGAAGGACAUGACAGACAUGUGAAGGGCGGUUUGUGAAGAACCCGCACAGACUGGAACUGUCAGGCUGAAAAUACCACCAACACUUCUGGCAUGAUCGAGUCCAAUCAUUCAAUCGCUGUUUUCUUUUUAAUUUAAUUUAAUGUAAUUUAUUUUUUAUUGUCAUUUUUGACUCCUGGGAACAAACAAGUGAAAAUAUCCUACUUAAUCCUGUAAUGAAACGGUCUGCUGAAUUGCCUUUAUUUCUUUGAAGAUUUAAAAACAAGAAAUCAUUCUAACAAAUGAAUUGAAGGGAAAAAUGGAAAUUGGUUUUGUAUGGUUGUGUGCGUGUGUGAAUAUGUGAAUGCGUGAGAGUUUAUCUAUUUCCUAAGUCCAUUUCCAUUCUUCCUUACUCUUACUGCUUUGACAGUGAGUUGGAAGAAAAGAUAAAACGUAUUAUUUCUGUUUUUUUGUUUUUGGUUGACAUAUUUCAAUUUGUUUAUUUUGGGAUUGAAAUUAGGUAUUAAAAGGGUCUUCAUUUCAGCCAGUUCUUUCAUUUAAAAAAAGAAAAAUCAAAAGCAUUAGUUUCUCACUUUUGUAUAUCUUCUACGUGUUUCUCUGUGUCUUGUCUAGGUCUCAUUGUUCUGUGUGAGGAGCGAGGGAAAACUAUGGACACACAAAACUGAUGCUUUAAAAUAAAAACAUUUCAAAUGAAUUUCAAAAAACUUCAAUUUGAGAACUGGAACACAUGAUUCAUGCUGUUAUUUUUAAUUAUAGUUUUGAUGAAUUAUUGUUAUUUUAUAUUAAGAAUGAAGCUAUUUCUCUUAUCGGGUAAGGUCAGAUUUGUGUGGUGUUAACUGUGAACAUACACAUUUGAAAAAUAAAUGGGUAAAAAAUGAAAAGAAAUUUACGAAAUAAAAAAGAAAAUCCACAAAGGG